AUGGACAGCGACGCGGUGCCGCCGUCAUCGCCGCCGCACGCGAUCGCGACCGACCUUCCGAGCUCGCCGUUUUUCGAACCGCAACAAUAUGGCGCAUUUUCGCCCAAGUCAAGUUCGCCGCCUCCGUUGUUCUCCAGUGACGACUCUGGAGAAACGCUUGAUAUCACAAACUACGAAUCGCCGCGCAUAUUCAAAAACAAGCGCAAAGGUGCUUGGUACGAGACCGAUCGCGGCGACGCAUCACAGGUCACACCCGAGCCUAAGAAGACAAAGAUAUCACGCAGCUAUGACUCAGGUGUCUACAUGAUGAGCGACAAUAGCGAUUGCUCUGCGGAUCCCCUGCCCGAGCACAAGUCGCCGUUUCCAUUUACCGAGGCUAUUGUAGAAGAUGAGCCAGAGCCAACAAGCAUAGCCAAAGGCACUUUCUACUCUAUCCUUCGAGUCGGAUUAGACAGGAAUUGUCAGGACUACGACUUCUCGGGACUGGACCUGAGAGAUCUUGACAUUAAGCAAAUAAGUGAUCUGAACAGUGUGAUUAAGAACCUCCCAGAUCCGGGCAAUGAUCUGCCUGCAGAGGGCCAGUAUCGUUCCAUGGUACCUGAGCUCUACAUCAACCUCAGCCAGAAUAUCUUAGGACGGAUGACACCAUCCUUGUUUAAUCUGCAGUAUCUCACAUCCCUCAAGCUCAGAAGCAACCGGAUAGAAGAAUUGCCUCCGCAAAUCGGUCAGCUACGUAAUCUUCAGGAACUCGACGUGUCUCUCAACAAGCUCCAACAUCUACCCUUUGAGAUCCUUGAGAUGCUGGCACCGCAUGGCAAACUGGAGCAUCUCACGACUCUCGGCAACCCCAUGCUAGAACGCGUAUCUCGGAAUCGGUACCGAAAGCUUGAUGAGCGCGUGACGUUCACGUCAUCCAGAAGGGACAUCUACCCACGGUUACAGUCUUGUCCAGAUCCUGAGGCCCUGGUCUGGCACAUACGAUACAUCGAGUCGAUGGAGAGUUUUCUCGCCGCGGUAGACUCGAAAUACACAACAGGUGGGAGAAGUGCUGACGAGCGCGUUUUCGCACAUCACCCUGCGGCUCGUAUCGUGGCAGACUCGCCCGCGUCAAGAUACAUUGGUAGAACACUGGUCUCGUAUUUCGAUCAGACUGGCCAGCUCAUCAAAGGCUCACCGGCUCAGCCUUCACCGAGCACGAAUGACUACCCGGUCAUCGUCGAAACUGACGGGGGUGCAUACGGUGUCCCUUCAACCCCCAUAUUCACACCACCCGUAGGGUCAAGGAUACCGUCCCUUCUCACGAUGUCCGUCUACACUGCCCUCAAGAACAUCACGGUCGAAGAGACGAGAGUUAGGCUAGGUGAACCCAGUGAACCCAUACCUCUCGAUGCGUCUGUAAUUUUCAGGCGAGCGAAGCAAAACGAUUCCGACACAGGCUUUGGCUACUUUCACCAGUGUCGCGUUUGCAAGAAUGACUACAUCGUGGCAAGGGCCGAGUGGAUUGAGUUCUGGAGCACAAGCUUCACGGUUUUCUAUCCCUUCAAAGUCAAGGUGUGUUCUUGGAGCUGUGUACCGCCUGAUAUAGCCAAAAGACCUGAGAAGGAGUUGACGUGGUGA